CUUCCUGGGUCCUGAGUUCCGACGGCCGGUUCCUGGCCUCGGCCAACAGCACUCCCCGUCAGGAACCCGCAGUAACGCGGCGCGACAGCGUUGUUCCUGUCACGGAACUGAAACAUGAAAAAAGCGGUGUCGCUGAUAAAUGCAAUAGAUAUAGGAAGAUUUCCAAGAUUGCUCACCCGAAUUCUUCAAAAACUUCACCUGAAGGCUGAGAACAGUUUCAGUGAAGAAGAGGAAGAAAAACUUCAAGCUGCAUUUUCUCUAGAGAAACAGGAUCUUCACCUAGUUCUUGAAACAAUAUCAUUCAUUUUAGAACAGGCAGUAUAUCACAAUGUGAAGCCCGCAGCUUUGCAGCAGCAGUUGGAGAACAUUCACCUUACACAAGACAAAGCAGAAGCAUUUGUCAAUACUUGGUCUUCCAUGGGUCAAGAAACAGUUGAAAAAUUCAGGCAGAGGAUUCUCGCUCCCCACAAGCUAGAGACGGUCGGAUGGCAGCUUAACCUUCAGAUGGCUCACUCGGCUCAAGCAAAACUAAAAUCUCCUCAAGCUGUGUUACAGCUGGGCGUGGGCAAUGAAGAUUCAAAGCAUUGUGUGGAAUUGGUCUCUGUUUCUUACAUCUCCUGAAAUAUACACGUGAUGGAGUGCUCAACCACUGUCAACCUGGACAGGAACAUUCCAUCCCCAAGUGAUGCGGUGUGCCCUAGCCGUAAAGGAACAGUUAACUACUGCACCUCUGCACCCCUCAGUGAAAAGCUGCCUGGAAUUUUUACUUUGUUGUUGUUUACAUUCUGUUUUUAUGAUCUAGCAUUCUAUUCUUUGUACUGUUACCAUAUCUGGUUCCUGUAUGUUAACUGUUAUGUAACUCCUGUUAUUAAGAACCACACACUACUUUUCCCUAAACAUUUGUCCUUUUCUGAAAUGAGAAUUCCAGAAUUCUUGACAGGUUGGAAUGCUAGGUAAAAGGAAUAUGAGUAUGGAGGGUGUUUUAAAAACCAACUUUGUUAAAGGAAGGGAGAGCUGUUAUUAAGAAAAUUAAAAGUUAAUCACUGUUUUUUUUAUGAUGCAAAGAACCAUAAGGUACAAAGUUGUCAUACUUAUGAAAUUGGCACUUAUUUCAAACAGGAAGCAUUAGGUAAAAUUAUUUUAAAGGUAUAUUUUACAGAGUAGGUAUCUUGAAAAUAUACCUAUAUUAAAAUUAUUCUGAAAAGAUUAUAGUCUGUGUAAAUUUGUGAGAAUUGAUGGUAUUUACUUUGAGCCACUGAACUGAAAACUUACUGUAACUCACCGAAGAAUGAUUUCUAAGAAUCUCUUUCUUCUCAUUCAGUUCCAACAUACACAUGAGAAGUGUAGCCUGCAGUGAAGCUUUAAUUGCUAUCACAUUUGAUAACAUUGUUGUACUGGUCUCCUUUCUCUUAGAACAUUUCUGUCUCAAGGCUUUCCUGUUUUGCUACUAAUUUUAUCAUGGAAACUGGGUGAUUGUAGUUUUUCCUACAGUAUUUGAUAUAUAUUCUAGUUGUUUUUAGUUAAUUGUUUUAGUGUUUGUCUAUUGCAUUUAGCAAAGUAAGAUUAUUUUCCCGUUUCACAGAUAUUUCAAAAGGAGUUUUCUGGAGUGUUUUUGUUUUUUAGGUUUUGUUGUGGUUUUAUUUACUUAUUUUUUUGCCUAUUUCAUUAGGGGGCAGUAGAGCUCUUUGCUUUCUUAACUCUGGUAGUCACAGUAUUAUUUGAAAUAACAUUCAGAAUAAUUUGUGAAGUCAGUAGUUGUGGGAAAUGCUAAGUGUUUACAUUUCUAAUCUGUAUAUUACAAUAGAAUUUGCUUGUUUCCAUCAACAAAAUUAAUGCCCAUUAAUCAGAUAUGUACAGAACAAAUAAAUGAAAUCAUCAUGAUUUCAGUGUUUAAUUUGUAUGUGAUCAUUUGCCAAGAUGAAAUACAUUAAAAAACCUUCCACACUA